AUGAGUCGCGACAGGGUGCCGGUUGAUUUAAAUGACCAACAGCAGCAGGUAACGGUCAAGGUCGGACUCAUUGGCGAUGCUCAAAUUGGCAAGACAUCUCUAAUGGUUAAAUACGUCAACAACACAUUCGACGACGACUACAUCCAAACGUUAGGUGUCAAUUUUCUGGAAAAAAGCGUAAACAUCCGCAACACGCAAAUCACAUUCAGUAUUUGGGAUCUGGGCGGCCAACGAGAAUUUAUCAAUAUGCUUCCUCUGGUCUGUAACGAUGCCGCGGCAUUGGUGUUUAUGUUUGAUCUGACCCGCAAAUCAACCCUCAACUCAGUUCGCAACUGGUACCGACAAGCUCGCGGGUUCAACCGCACAGCAGUGCCGUUACUUGUGGGUACGAAAUUUGACAUGUUUUAUGAGAUGAGCGACCAAGAGCAGCUGGAGAUCACCGAGCAGGCCAAAAAAUACGCCCAAGCCAUGAAGGCACCGCUGGUGUUCUGCUCAACGGCUAUGGGGAUUAACGUGCAGAAGUUAUUUAAAAUUGUGCUCGCCAAGACGUUCGACCUAAAACUUACGAUCCCAGAGCUCGCUGCCACAGGCGAGCCUAUUCUGAUUUAUCAACAAUGGUAA